CCGAGGAAGACUUCCGGUGGUGUGUCAUGGCGGUGGCAUGGUGAAUCUUGCUGAAAGGAAAAAAUAACUAGCAGCUCUCGUCCUUUUAAUCGACUAAGGACGCAAUUUCAUGCAUAAAUAGAAUUAUCAGGUUCUGUUGCAUACUUUGGUUUUUUAAGGAGAGCAACCGCGGUUGCCAUCCGCCCUGCCAUGGCGGCACAUAAACCAGUGGAAUGGGUCCAGGCCGUCAUUAAUAGAUUUGAUGAUCAGCUUCCAAUUAAGGUUGGACACCAGAAUACCCACACCAAAAUCAGCACAGAGCACAACAAGGAAUGUCUCAUCAACAUCUCUAAGUACAAGUUUUCUCUUGUCAUCAGUGGCCUCACCAACAUCCUCAAAACGGUCAACAACAUGAGGAUAUUUGGAGAUACAGCAGAGAAGAACCUCUACCUCUCGCAGCUCAUCAUCCUGGACACACUUGAGAAGUGCCUGGCCGGGCAAUCCAAGGACUGCCUGCGUUUGGAUGAGGCCAUGCUUGUUAAGCAGCUCCUACCCGAAAUCUGCCAUUUUAUCCACACAUACCGCGAUGGCCACCAGCAUGCCACCGACCUACGGGCCUCAGCUUCUGGCGUCCUCUUCUCAUUAAGCUGCAACAAUUUUAAUGCUGUGUUCAGCCGGAUCUCUACCAGGUUACAGGAGCUUACGGUGUGCUCUGAGGACACUGUCGAUGUCCAUGACAUAGAGCUAAUGCAGUACAUCAAUGUGGACUGCUCCAAGCUUAAGAGGCUGCUCCAAGAAACGGUGCUAAAGUUUAAAGCUCUCAAGAAGCCUGCCCAGCUAGCAGUUAUUAACAGUUUAGAAAAGGCUUUUUGGAACUGGGUGGAGAACUACCCCGAUGAAUUCACAAUGCUUUACCAGCAGCCACAGGCAGACAUGGCAGAGGCUGCUGAGAGGCUGUUUGACCUGGUAGACAGCUUUGCAGAGAGCGCCAAGAGGAAGGCAGCCGUGUGGCCCCUUCAAAUCAUCCUCCUCAUCCUCUGUCCAGAGAUCACACUGACAAUCUCAAAGGAAACCGUCGAAGACAGCAAGGCGAACAAAAAACUGUUCCUGGAAAACUUGCGGAAGGCUUUAGCAGGCCAGGGUGGCAGCAAGCAGCUGAUGGAGAGCGCAGCGAUUGCGUGUGUCAAAUUGUGUAAAGCAUCGACCUACAUCAACUGGGAGGAUAAUUCUGUGAUUUUCCUGCUUGUCCAAUCCAUAGUCAUGGAUCUUAAGGCGUUGCUGUUUAACCCUGCCAAACCUUUCUGGCGUGGUACUGGCAGCCAGAAUACAGAUUUGGACCUCAUGAUGGACUGCUUUGUGUCCUGCUUCCGCAUUAACCCACACAACAACCAGCACUUUAAGGUCUGUUUGGCCACCUCCUCUCCCACGACCUUCCAUUUUGUCCUGGUCAACUCCUUGCACAGAAUAAUAACAAAUUCCCAUCUUGACUGGUGGCCAAAGAUCGAUACAGUGUAUUCCUAUUCUGGAGAGUUGCGCUUCAUGUUCUCCGACACCCUGAACCGGGUCAUGCAAGGCCUGAACGCACACCCUCCACUGCGCAUGACGCCGAGUCAGACCUUUAAAGAGAAAAUGACGACCAGCCUUAAAUUCAAAGAAAAAGCCACUGAAAUGGACACACGCAGUUACAAGUGCCUCCUGCUAGCUUUGGUUAAGCUCAUCCAUGCUGACCCUAAGCUCAUGCUGCAUAACCCAGUGAAACAAGCGCAAGAAACCCAGAGCAGCACAGCAGAGCUGAUUAAAGGGCUGGUGCAACUAGUUCCUAUAACAAACACCACACAGCUCUCUCAAGAGGCAAUGGAGGCUCUGCUGGUCUUGCACCAACCAGAGACCAUUGAACUGUGGAACCCUGACACUCCCAUGGACACUUUCUGGGACAUCAGUUCCCAGGUUCUUUUCCUCAUUUGUCGGAAACUAAUUGGCCAUCAAAUGAUCAAUGGACCAGAGGUGCUCAAGUGGUUGAGGGAGAUCCUUAUCUGCAGGAACAAGUUUCUUCUCAAGAACAAGGAGUGUGCCACCCUUGGAAGUGGCCUCCCGAUCUGCCGACAGGCCCAGACAAAGCUGGAGGUGUGUUUGUACAUGUUCCUGUGGAGCCCAGACGCAGAGGCCGUGCUUGUAGCCAUGUCGUGUUUCCGUCACCUUUGUGAGGAGGCUGAUAUCCGCAGUGCUGCUGACGAGGUCCCCGUACAGACAAUACUGCCCAAUUACUCAACGUUCAGCGAGCUGGCCUCAGUCAGCAACAUGAUGGGCACAGGUCGUUCCACCUUGCAAAAAAGGGUGAUGGCCUUACUGAGAAGAAUAGAGCACCCCACUCCAGGAAACAUUGAGGCAUGGGAAGACACAUUUGGAAAAUGGGACCAGGCAACCAAGCAUAUCCUUAAUUUUCCCAAAAACAAGGCAGAUGAUGGGCAGCAGGAGUGGAUAAAUAUGACGGGCUUCCUGUGUGCUCUGGGAGGCGUGUGUCUCCAGCAGCGCAGCACUCCUGGUCCGGUCACGUACAGCCCGCCCAUGGGCCCCAUGUGCGAGCGAAAGCACUCCAUGAUCUCCAUGGGAACCUGUGAUGUCUCUACUCCUGUGCCUGCCUCGGUCACCUGCGCAUCCUCUGCAUCCAACGAGACCCCGUUGAGCCGGUUUCUGGACCGGCUCCUCGCCCUGCUGGUGUGUGGCCAUGAUCGUGUGGGUCUCCACGUGCGCACCAACGUCAAGGACCUGUUGGGGCUGGAGCUGAGUCCAGCGCUCUACCCCAUGCUGUUCAACAAGCUGAGGAAUAGUAUUGGCAAGUUCUUUGACACACAGGGGCCGGUACCGAUAAAUGACACGAACACCCAAUUUGUGGAACAGACCAUCGCCAUAAUGAAGAAUUUGCUUGACAACCACACAGAGGGCAGCUCUGAACACCUGGGCCAGGCCAGCAUCGAGACCAUGAUGCUCAACCUAGUUAGGUAUGUGCGCAUUCUUGGUAAUGUGGUCCAUGCCAUCCAGAUCAAGACCAAGCUCUGCCAGCUGGUGGAGGUGAUGAUGGAGAGACGGGAUGACCUCUCCUUCUGCCAAGAGAUGAAGUUCAGGAACAAGAUGGUUGAGUACCUGACGGACUGGGUGAUGGGAACGUCUAACCAAGCAGCUGAUGAUGAUAUUAAGUGCUUAACAAGGGACUUGGACCAGGCUAGCAUGGAGGCAGUUGUGUCUCUACUUGCAGGCCUACCUCUGCAGCCAGAAGAGGGAGACGGAGUAGAGCUAAUGGAGGCCAAAUCACAGCUCUUUCUCAAGUACUUCACUCUCUUCAUGAACCUGCUGAAUGACUGCAGUGAGGUGGAAGAUGAAGGACAGUCAGUAGGUGGGAGGAAGAGGGGGAUGUCCCGUCGCCUGGCGUCUCUUCGCCACUGCACUGUGCUGGCUAUGUCCAACCUCCUCAAUGCCAAUGUGGAUAGCGGACUAAUGCAUUCGAUAGGUCUAGGCUAUCACAAGGAUCUCCAAACACGAGCCACAUUCAUGGAAGUAUUGACCAAAAUCCUACAGCAAGGGACAGAGUUUGACACCUUGGCCGAAACUGUUUUGGCUGACCGCUUCGAGAGGCUUGUGGAGCUGGUCACCAUGAUGGGGGACCAAGGAGAACUGCCAAUCGCCAUGGCGCUAGCCAAUGUGGUACCUGGAUCUCAAUGGGAUGAACUAGCCCGGGUACUGGUAACCCUGUUUGAUUCUCGUCACCUGCUCUAUCAACUACUGUGGAACAUGUUCUCCAAAGAAGUGGAGUUGGCCGACUCAAUGCAGACCCUUUUUAGGGGCAACAGCCUGGCCAGCAAAAUCAUGACCUUCUGCUUUAAGGUGUAUGGGGCCGCCUAUCUACAGAAGCUACUUGAACCUUUGUUAAAGGGGGUUCUCACAACCCCAGAACACAUUAGUUUUGAGGUUGAUCCAACAAGGCUGGACCCAGGGGAGAACCUUGAGGAGAACCAGGGGAACCUUUUGCAGAUCACAGAGCGUUUCUUUCAGGCCAUUAUUGGCUCCUCCAAUGAGUUCCCACCACAACUCCGCAGUGUAUGUCACUGUCUGUACCAGGCUACUUGUCACUCUCUACUGAAUAAAGCAACAGUUAAAGAAAAAAAGGAGAGCAAAAAAGCAGUGGUGAGCCAAAGAUUCCCCCAGAACAGCAUUGGUGCAGUAGGCAGUGCUAUGUUUCUGCGGUUUGUGAACCCAGCUAUCGUGUCCCCUUACGAGGCAGGGAUUUUGGAUAAAAAGCCCCUGCCUAGGAUAGAAAGGGGUCUUAAACUCAUGUCCAAGAUCCUACAGAGUAUUGCCAACCACGUCUUGUUCACUAAGGAGGAGCACAUGAGACCAUUCAACGACUUUGUAAAAAGCAACUUCGAUGCAGCCAGGCGAUUUUUCCUGGACAUCGCAUCUGACUCGCCUCCCAGUGACUCUGUAAAUCACAGUCUCUCCUUCAUCAGUGAUGGCAAUGUGCUAGCCCUUCAUAGGCUACUGUGGAACAACCAGGAGAGGAUUGGACAGUAUCUCUCCAGCAACAGGGACCACAAGGCAGUGGGGAGACGACCGUUUGACAAGAUGGCCACCCUCCUGGCCUACCUUGGACCUCCGGAGCACAAGCCCGUGGCUGACACACACUGGUCCAGUCUCAAUCUCACCAGCUCAAAAUUUGAAGAAUUCAUGACCAGGCAUCAAGUCCAUGAAAAAGAGGAGUUUAAAGCGCUGAAAACCCUCAACAUAUUUUACCAAGCAGGAACCUCUAAAAUGGGAAACCCAGUUUUCUACUACGUUGCUCGCAGGUUCAAGACCGGACAGAUCAAUGGAGACCUCCUCAUAUACCAUGUCCUGCUCACCCUCAAACCCUACUAUGCUAAGCCUUAUGAGAUUGUGGUGGAUCUGACGCAUGUUGGGCCCAGCAAUCGCUUCAAGACAGACUUCCUCUCCAAGUGGUUUGUUGUGUUUCCAGGCUUUGCCUAUGAGAAUGUUGCAGCUGUCUUUGUCUACAACUGUAAUACCUGGGUACGGGAGUACACAAAGUACCAUGAGCGACUUCUGACUGGUCUUAAAGGCAGCAAGCGGCUACAGUUCAUUGACUCUCCAGCCAGGCUGGCUGAGCACAUUGAGCCUGACCAGCAGAAACUUCCAGCAGCCACACUGGCACUGGAGGAAGAUCUCAAAGUGUUCCAUAAUGCACUGAAGCUGGCCCACAAAGACACCAAAGUCUCAAUCAAGGUGGGCUCCACAGCCGUGCAGGUCACCUCCGCAGAGAGAACUCGUGUCCUGGGCCAACCUGUGUUCCUCAACGAUGUCUACUACGCCUCAGAGAUUGAGGAGAUCUGCCUGGUGGAUGAGAGUCAGUUCACUCUCACCAUGGCCAACCAGGGCACCCCGCUGACCUUCAUGCACCAGGAGUGUGAUGCCAUUGUGCAGUCAAUCAUCCACAUACGCACACGGUGGGAGCUGUCGCAGCCUGAUUCCAUCCCCCAGCACACAAAGAUCAGACCCAAAGAUGUCCCAGGCACUCUGCUCAACAUCGCUCUCCUGAAUCUGGGCAGCUCUGACCCCAGCCUAAGAUCUGCAGCCUACAAUUUGCUGUGUGCUUUGACCUGCACCUUCAACCUGAAGAUUGAAGGCCAGCUGCUGGAGACGUCAGGCCUUUGUAUUCCAGCCAAUAACACCCUCUUCAUCGUGUCCAUCAGUAAAACCCUGGCAGCCAAUGAGCCUCAUCUGACAUUGGAAUUCCUUGAGGAGUGUAUAUCGGGCUUCAGCAAGUCCAGUAUAGAGCUCAAGCACCUGUGUCUGGAGUACAUGACACCAUGGCUUUUGAACCUGGUGCGCUUCUGUAAGCACACCGACGACGCCAAGCGGCAGCGAGUCACGGCCAUCCUGGACAAGCUCAUCACCAUGACCAUCAACGAGAAGCAGAUGUACCCGUCCAUUCAGGCAAAGAUUUGGGGGAGUUUGGGACAGAUAACUGACCUGCUGGAUGUGGUCUUGGACAGCUUUAUUAAGACCAGUGCUACAGGGGGCUUGGGCUCUAUCAAGGCUGAAGUCAUGGCUGAUACUGCAGUGGCCCUUGCUUCAGGGAAUGUUAAACUGGUCUCAAGCAAGGUCAUCAGUCGAAUGUGCAAGAUCAUCGAUAAGACCUGCCUGUCCCCCACACCUACACUUGAGCAGCACCUCAUGUGGGAUGACAUCGCCAUCCUGGCGCGUUACAUGUUGAUGCUGUCGUUCAACAACUCUCUGGACGUGGCUGCCCAUCUGCCCUACCUCUUUCAUGUAGUGACGCUGCUGGUGGCCACUGGACCUCUCUCCCUCCGGGCCUCAACGCAUGGGCUGGUCAUCAACAUCAUUCACUCUCUCUGCACAUGUUCCCAGCUCAACUUCAGUGAGGAGACGAAGCAGGUGCUGCGACUCAGUCUAACUGAGUUCAGUCUGCCGAAGUUCUAUCUGCUGUUCGGCAUCAGCAAGGUGAAGUCGGCGGCAGUCAUUGCGUUUCGCUCCAGUUACCGUGACCGCUCCUUUUCCCCAGGCUCCUAUGAGAGAGAGACAUUUGCCUUGUCUUCUCUCGAGACGGUCACUGAGGCCCUGCUUGAAAUCAUGGAGGCAUGCAUGAGGGACAUCCCAGGCUGCAAAUGGCUUGACCAGUGGACAGAGCUGGCACAGAAGUUUGCCUUUCAAUACAAUCCAUCUCUGCAGCCAAGGGCUCUGGUUGUGUUUGGUUGCAUCAGCAAAACGGUGACCCAUGGUCAGAUCAAACAAAUAAUUCGCAUCCUCAGUAAGGCCAGCCCAUUGCUUAGCAUAGACCGGGGUCUGGAGAGCUGUCUGAAGGGGCCAGAUAAUUACAACAGCCAAGUUCUAAUAGAAGCUACAGUCAUUGCAUUGACAAAGCUACAACCACUGCUCUGCAAGGAGUCUCCCAUGCACAAGGCUCUGUUCUGGGUCGCUGUGGCUGUGCUGCAGCUGGAUGAGGUCAAUCUUUAUUCUGCUGGAACAGCCCUACUCGAGCAGAACCUUCACACCCUGGACACAUUGCGUGUCUUCAAUGACAAGAGUCCAGAGGAAGUGUUCAUGGAAAUAAGGCAUCCUUUAGAGUGGCACUGUAAGCAGAUGGAUCACUUUGUGGGAUUGACUUUCAGCUCCAACUUCAAUUUUGCACUGGUGGGCCAUCUACUCAAAGGUUAUAGGCAUCCAUCCCCCACCACAGUUGCAAGAACAGUCCGCAUACUUCACACACUUCUGGCGCUCAUCAGCAAGCAUUUGAAAUGUGACAAGUUUGAAGUAAACACCCAAAGUGUUGCCUAUUUGGCUGCUCUGCUGACAGUCUCUGAGGAAGUCCGAAGCCGCUGCAGCCUUAAGCACAGGAAGUCAUUGCUGCUCUCUGGCCUCUCCAUGGACACUGUCCCAAUGGAAACCUAUUCAAGCCACUUGGCUGAACCCAGCUGCAGAACCUUGCGGGAAAAUCAGCCGUGGACUUCACCAAAGGUAUCGGAGCGCUACCUCACCGCACACCACUAUCCCACCGUCGGCCAAAUCAGCCCCCGCACACGGAAGUCCAUGAGCCUGGAUAUGGGCCAACCUUCACAGGCCAACACCAAGAAACUCCUUGGUACGAGAAAGAGCUUUGAUCAUCUAAUAUCGGAUUCUAAAGCGCCAAAGAGGCCUGAAAUGGAGUCCGGCAUGACUACCCCACCAAAGAUGAGGCGCGUGGCGGAAACCGACUACGAGAUAGAGACUCAAAGAAUGGGCAACUCUCACCUCCGCAAGGUCUCUGUGUCAGAGUCUAACGUCCUGUUGGAUGAGGAGGUGUUGACUGAUCCAAAAAUUCAGGCUCUGCUUCUCACUGUGUUGGCCACCCAAGUCAAAUACAGUACUGAUGACUUUGACCAACGUAUAUUAUACGAAUACCUAGCCGAGGCAAGCGUUGUCUUCCCAAAGGUCUUUCCUGUGGUCCACAACCUUCUGGACUCAAAGAUCAACACGUUGCUGUCCAUGUGCCAGGACACCAACCUUUUGAACCCGGUGCACGGCAUCGUCCAGAAUGUAGUCUACCACGAAGAGUCGCCGCCACAGUACCAGCCCUCUUAUCUACAAAGCUUUGGCUUUAAUGGACUCUGGAGGUUUGCCGGCCCCUUCUCUAAGCAAACCCAGAUACCGGACUAUGCAGAGCUGAUUGUCAAGUUUCUGGAGGCCUUGGUUGAAAGCUACCUGCCCACAGCCGAAGAGGAGCGCAGCGAAGAACAGUUGCGCACGCCGACCUCCCCUUACCCACCCUCCAGUCAGUGUCAGCUCAGCAUCACAGCAAACCUCAACCUGUCCAACUCCAUGACCUCCCUGGCUACAUCGCAACACUCACCAGGUGUGGACAAGGAGAAUGUGCAGUUGUCUCCGAGCUCGGCCCUUUCAGCUGGAGGACGAAUGCGCCAUGGCUCAGCCUCCCAGGUGCAGAAGCAGCGCAGUGCUGGCAGCUUCAAGAGGUCGAGCAUCAAGAAGAUUGUAUGAGUGAGCGCGACAUAGACAAAACAAGGCCCUCUGAGCUGGGGCCCUCUAAGCCAGACAUCAUGCUGCACUUCUUAUCGUUUUACUGUUUGUUUUUUUGGGGGGGUUGGGAGGGAUGGCACCAUGUUUUUUAUCUGUGUUUGUUUAGCAAAAAGAACAUUAAAAGACAGCAGUUUUACUAGUGGUUUAAUCAGUUUGGGGGCUUCAUUCAAGAUCCAGAUGGUCACAAGUGCAUGGAUAGAAAUUGUCAACAAUUUUGAUAUUUGAAGGGUGGAAUCUGAAAGGAAUAAACACUAUCAGGGUUCUGGAUAUAAAGAUUGGAACUAUAUUUGGAACAUAGUCUAAAUAUUUAUGUUUCCAAUUAGUGUUUGGUGGCUGUUCUGUGCAGUAUAUACUUUUGCAUUAGAAACUCUUUCAAGGCACUAUGGAAUAAUGACAUUGACUAGUAGGUGUCACUAAGUGAGAGGUGGAUGUGAAAUAUGAUAUUGGAUCAUGACAUUGAUGUUAUGAAGGGCAUUUACAUUUGUUUGAGAAGGAAUUGUUCAAAUUCUCACUUUAAACUGUCUAGAUUCAUUGAUCCAUUCAGCCUUAAGCAAAAUUCAAAGCAUCAUUAUUUUUACUUGCUCAUGACCACCUCUACAUUUCCAAGUGCAGGCAUCUCACCUUUUCUGUACAGAAAUGGACCAAAUGAGAAAUGGGGAGGAAUGCGUUUGAUGGAAUACUAAAACCAUCUCCAAUCUUGAUUUGAUUGGAUUUUUUGUUAAUUAAUGUACAUAUUUUACAUAAAAAAAGAAUAUGUAUAACUAGACGGUCGUGGUUCUUUAGAUGUUAAUGUUUUAUCCAUGGUGUGCCUUUUGUCAGGACUUUUCAAUGUGUAUAAUUUGUAAAAAUGAAAGUUAAACCUCACAGGGGACAAAGAACAGGUACUAAUUAUUUUGUUGUGCUGUCCAUAUCACCAUGUGUAAUAGCUACUAAAGAGCUCUGACAUCAAUGGUAUCUAAUGAUCGUCAAGUAUACAAUCAUUCAUAUGCUCUGUUGUGUCUGAAAGUAUUUAUCCUGUACAGCUAGAUAGUACUACAAAACUUUAAUCAGUUUGAAACACUUUCCAAAAAUGUUAAUGUAAAGUUAGUCAAUUUAUUAACAUAUAAAUUGCAUAGCACUCGGGAAAGGUACUAAAGUAAGUGUGUGUGUGUGUGUGUGUGUGUUAAAAACAUUUUUUACUGCAUAUUCUUUUGUUUACAGAGUGACACAGAACAUUGUUAAUGGGCAAUAAUCCACACACUUCUACAUUUUAGGCAACCACCAUUUCAAUAUUUUUGCAAAUACAGGGAAGAUCCAUUUCAACAUGUUAACUUGCAAUUAUGGUGCAAUUUUUUGCGUUGCCUUAGGUUUACUCUAAUGUACAAUUACUGGUGACUAUUGGAACAGUAUUGCUAUAAGCAACCUCUACAUCUCAAGGUUGACCAAUAUAUUGUGUUUAAUCUGUUAAAGUUUAAGUUUGAGACAAUUUAAAUCUGGACUUAGAUAUAAAGCAGGUCUUGUAACACUCCAUGAAUUCAGUCAAUCCAAUAAAAUGGCAACAAAUCCUAAGGAGAUGGUGUAAUUUAAACAUUUAGCAUUUUACUUUUGAAGCAAAUUUUAGUUAUAAAUGUGUCACUCCUUUCUGUGCAGCCAAUUAUUGUUGUCUUGGUAAAGUUGAGAAUAUAUUUCAUUUGUCAGAUGCAUGUCAACCUUUUAAUUUAUUACCCACUUUUUGAACGAUGUACCAUGUGUAUUUGAGGUGAAAAAAAAAAAAAUCAUAUUUAAGAGCUGCUUUGGCUGAGUACUGAAAGGGAAUGGAGAUAUCCUUAUGAGAAAUACUUUUUAUUUAAAAAUGAUUUUAGGUUGGAAUAAUCAUGAAAAGGGAAUAUAAUUGUACAAUUAAAUUAAAAACUAGAAGUCUCAUGAAGAAUGAAUAUAUUUGCGACUUACAGUAAUGCGGCAAAUGGACAUCUGAUGAAGGCAAAAAAAAGCUUAUGCCUUUAAACGUUAAAUUUGCCUUAAAUCCCCUUGACCGUAAAUUGUUGAUACAUUGUUACAAUGUCACGUUUGAUUACAUUAAGGUAAAAAGACCCAAUGUUGUCAUUUGGGUAAUUUUGGUCUUUGUUGAAGCCCUUUCUUUAAGUCAUUAGUCCUGUGUUUUUGCAGUAUUUUUGCUGUGCUCAUUUACUAACAAUCUUAAAUGUAGCUAUGUCUCUCCUCUAUACUUAAAUAUACAAAAUGGUACUGCAUUCUAGAUUAGUUAGCCGUUUUUCACCCAAAUAGGAAAUAUUUCAGGCCUCGGGUGUAAAACACAAACCCUUGUAUCAAUAUAAUUUUAGGUCCAUCAAUCAAAUGAAUCGAAAUGCUUCAUUACAAAAUUGAAUCGCGAUUUAUGUUCUAUUGCAUUGAACGUUACAUGAUCUAGAAGUGGUUCUUUCCCACAUUUCAUUGUAGCAGUAAAUGACUAGGAAGAUUUGCAUUUCUUUUUAAAUAAUUGUAUAGAUUUCAGACAAAAUCAAUUCAACUAUGUUUUAUUCUGCAGCAUAUUUUAAGUUUGCUAAAUCUUCCAUGCUUUUAUUUGACUUGUAGAAUUUCAAGAAUUAGGAAGGCGUUAGCGCUUGAUCAAGUGGUUGACUUGCACUAAUUUUAGUCAGGAUUUUGUAUAGAAAAACCCCAAAUGUGGCAUGUUUUAUUUGGUGUUAUGCAAAAUCCAAUGUAUGUAAAGUAUUGGUAAGACUUUUUUGUUUUAAAUGCAGUUUGUGUGACAAUUGUAAAUACUUUGUGUACAAUUUGAGAUGGUAUAUUUACUACACUGUACAUACAUGUGAUAUUGUAUAAUUUUUGUUUUUGUAAAGCAGUUAAUUUCUGUAUAAUAUACAAAUCAAACUAUUCCAGUGUUGGUAAUAAAAUGUUUUGCUCUUGAAUAUAUUUGGAAACUAACAGAAUCAGAAAAUCUAGACAUUUUCUACGUCAAGGUUUAUUCGUCUGUGCUUGUGUGUAAUACUAUGUCGUUUUGGUAAUAUAAUUUACUAGUAGACUAAUUAAAAUUUAAUGAAUAGUCAAAAAAUAA